GAUACUCCUUCCCGGAGUCCCAGUCUCGUCCACAGUCACUUAUGCUCGCGCUCCAAAAAGUGGGUCCCUUCUACUCUCUACGCUGCACCCGUCCAGUGCUGGGUCGAUGAUCCCUGCGCAAACUCGUCUGGAGCGCGGACGGCGCUUAGUUAAGUGGACUCCACCCAAAGAGUUGUGAGCUGCUUACCCUGGGUCCCUCUCGCAGCUACUGGUGCGGCGUCGCCCCCCAGCCCCCGACCUCUAGGGGCUGGAACCCUGGCACCCCGGGGGCCUCACGCAGGGUGUCUGUCUGCAAAAGUCGCUCACACGCCGCCUCCAGUCACGCACGCUGGGGCCCCCGCGGCUCCUCUUUGCUCGGGAGUCGCGAUGCCCCUGGGACACAUCAUGCACCUGGAUCUGGAGAAGAUCGCUGUGGAGUAUAUAGUGCCCUGCCUGCAUGACAUCGGCUUCUGCUACCUGGACAAUUUCCUGGGCGAGGUGCUAGGCGACUGCGUCCUGGAGCGCGUAAAGCAAAUGCACUGUAACGGGGACCUGCAGGACGGGCAAUUGGCUGGACCCCGCUCCGGGAUCUCCAAGAGGCACUUGCGGGGAGACCAGAUAACCUGGAUCGGGGGCAACGAAGAAGGCUGCGAAGCCAUCAACUUCCUCCUGUCCCUGAUCGACCGUCUGGUUUUGUACUGUGGAAGCCGCCUGGGCAAAUACUAUGUCAAAGAAAGGUCCAAGGCAAUGGUGGCUUGCUAUCCUGGGAAUGGGACCGGUUAUGUUCGACACGUAGACAACCCCAAUGGAGAUGGGCGCUGUAUCACCUGCAUCUACUAUCUGAACAAGAACUGGGAUUCCAAGCUACAUGGUGGGAUUCUUCGGAUAUUCCCAGAAGGAAAGUCCUUUAUAGCAGAUGUGGAACCUAUUUUUGACAGGCUACUCUUCUUCUGGUCAGAUCGUAGGAACCCACAUGAAGUACAGCCUUCCUACGCUAUGAGAUACGCUAUGACUGUUUGGUACUUUGAUGCAGAGGAAAGAGCAGAAGCCAAAAAGAAAUUCAGAAAUUUAAUUGGGAAAACGGAAACCUCCCGGAGUGAGGACUGAUCUGGAGAUCGUUUGGCACUGUUCUUUUCAGAAACACUGUUCCUGAUUUCUCUGCAAGUGACAAGAUCCAAAGAUGACCUCUUCAUUGACUCGGGAAGGAUAUUCUUUCCCACAUGCUAGAAAUGCACUGUUCAUGUCUCUUAUCUUGCCUGUGGUACUCAGCAUUUCUUCUGCCAGGACUCUGUUCAUCUCCAGACACUCUCUGUGACUUUGGAAGGACCUGAAGACUUGCCUACUCUAGAAAUACCGUUGAGCAACGACUCAUUGAGCAAGUUUACCAGAUGACUUUUUGGCUACACCAGUUGUAAAGAUGAUGAACGUGGAAACAUAAGGGAGGGAACAAAUCUUAUUUGCACUUUAUGUAAACUUUUCAGAUUGAAAGAAAGCUUUGCCAAGAAAUACUUCCUCUGGAAGCAACUUGAGGAGUUGGCCUAAGGAAAGAGUUCCUAUUGCACCACUCAGCUAGAUGUCAUUGGAUGAGCUUUCUGUAGCGUUAGCUCAAGUGUAUGUUUUCUCUGUCUCUACAAAGGGCUGUCCUUGUCAUUGUAAUAUCUUCACACAUGCCUUGUUGACUGAACACUUCUUAUUUUGUUCUUUCUUCCUAGUCUUGGAAGUAAGGCUUCUUGCCUCUGCUCAAGAUGAGUGAAAAUAUGAACCUCAUAUGAGAUAGAAAUACCAUUUACUUCCCUUUUUAUUUUCCUCCCUCAAGAGGUUGGCUCCCCAGAAGUCUAGCCAAGGUUGGAAGUUCAGCAUUGUCUUACUGGCUCCUUUAAUAAUAAGGUAGAGUUGUGGAUCCAAGACUAAACAUCUUAUCUGGACCUUAGAACCAAUCUAUAAUUAUGUUAAAACAAAAUUAGAUCUCUGGUUAACAGUAUUUUUUUUUAAUUAACAAAAGUUUUCUUUGCCCAUCUUCCCCCCUAUUCAUUUAAAAAAAAAAAGAAAAACAAGUACUUAUAUAACAUAUGCUUUGUCAAACAAAACACAUUGCUGCAUUGGUUAUAUCCCAAGUUAUACUUCUUAAUCCUUGAGCCAUCAUUUCUCUCUUAAGGUUAGAUAGUAGCAUGGUUCCAUUGGGCCUCAGAGUUUAUAUGUGUCUUCACUGGUUCUGGUGGGAAAGAGGGCUCAGGAAAAUUAGUGAUGUCUUCCCCUUUAAAAAAAAAUGAAGACACUCUUCUUUGAGAAAGUAGGGUAAAAAUAAAGUCUCCAUUUUUAAAAGAAAAAAGAAAUAAAAAAUUCAUGGAAGAAAAAACCUAUGUUGAGUCACUGGACUCUGUCUAUCCCCACCAGCUUUCACUCCCACAACCAGCAUUUUGGUUAGACCUUGGUACCUCAGUCUCACUUCUGUUGUCAGUGUUACAGAGGUCAUGUAUUUACUGAGGUGUAAUUGUGAAAUUGUGAAAAAAAAUUGUUUUCUAUGACUGUAUGAGGGAACACUUUGCCUCAUCCUCAUAAUCCAUUUCCCAUAUCAUUGUGGCCUUUCCUCACCUUCCUUUGGGACACCUUCUUGUAUUCCCUUUUGUAUCUUACUUGGAAUUGUCUCAUUUCCCUACUUAUACAGUGAAGAAGGAAAAUGGGAAACCUUUCAUUUUCUUUAGGUAGAGAUGUUGGAUUUCUUGGGAGAAAUCCCAAGUUUAGCUUUGCCUUAACUGGUGGUUGAAAAGCUUCAGACAAGUGUUGUCAUUUCCACCUGGCUCCACAUCGAGCCUUUUUCUACAUAUAUCUUUGGAGAUGUACAAAAUGUGUCCAUUGCUUUCUUCCCCAUUUUGUCACCAUGAAAAGACUCCCUGGUCUUUGUGUGUGUGUGUGCGCGCAACUUUCUACCAUCAUACAUUUGUGAACCCGGGAGAUUAAUUCUAGAAUUCUUUUGGUGUCAUGAUUGGUUUGGUGAAUGAAACUGAGCUGAUUAUUUACCAAAUGGCAGAGUAUUGUAAAACAUGCUGUGAACCACUAUUAGUUGGAAGAUUGGCAGGAUUUCUCUUCUUCUCUGCCUUGGACCAUUAAGAAUAUAAACUUAACCCUGAUGAAUGUAGCUUCAGUUGCACUAAUACAGAAUCCUUGACAAUAAACUGAAAGGUCAUAGUGAGAGAGAAGAGGGGUUUACUGGCUACUCUGGUAAGAAGCAGUCACUAUGUAUUUUUGAAGUUGUCUAUUUUGCUUUAGGGUUUUUUUUCCUUCCUUUUCUUUUUUUGGGGACUCAACCUGUGAUUUCAUCAGUCUAGAAUACUAGUGAGGGAUUUCCUUUACCAACACAUCAGCAUUAUCUCUUGCAUUAUCUUUACAACCUUGGCUACCUGGUGCACCAACAGGUUAAGCUGCUUUCCAGUGGUCACAAGCCCCUCCAUUGCCUAUUCCAGAGGUAGCAGAUAAGACUACAAAAUUCACUUAAAGCUUUUGACCAGUCUUCCUCAUGUAUACUAAUGGGUAUCUGAUUGCUGGGAGUAGAUGCAGAUUCAUUGAUUGAGUAACAGGCUAUUAAAACAGUAUAGCCCUGGUACUUCGAGUUGACUUUUUUUUGGCAAGUUAUUUCUUUUUUUAAACUUGUCCAAGGUCUGACUUUUCUUCUAUCUUACCUAAACUAUUGGGAGAAAGGUACUAUACAAUAAAUGUUUAAAAUAAUCUAUUUUAUCUUUGGCUGAUUUGUGUGGCUGAAUUAUCCCACUAGAAAUCAAGUCCAGAACAGGUUGAAGAUGAAACCAUAUAGCCAGGGACUGUUUUUUAUAUUCCCUUAGACCCUGUUGUUUGGGAAGGACUGAAAACUGCCAAGGGAAAGUCAUUUG